AACCUUACCUCACCGGUAGACUUCGUUAUGUCCUGUGAUUGGGCACCAGGCGGUCUUAGAAUCACAGAAUCUCUUUUUGGGAAGCAAGGCGGUAUUGAUGGUAUUUCUGUUCACCGUUACGACUGCUCGAAUGGCCGCGUCCACGUCUCCUUGCUUGAUUUUGGUGCCACUCUGUUCUCGGUACAAGUUCCUGACCGUGAUGGAAAAAUUGAAGAAGUGACCCUGAAUGUCACUUCUUUGGACCAGUUGCUCCACAAAAACAUGUAUUUCGGGUCGACAGUGGGUCGGGUGGCAAAUCGUGUGGCGAAUGGAAGAUUCACUCUGGACGGAAAGGUUUAUACACUUGCCAAGAACAAUGCACCAAAUCAUCUUCACGGCGGAAAGGAAGGAUUUGACCAAAAGAUAUGGAAAGGUUACCCUUUUACUUCGGCUUCUGCUGUGGGCGUGUGUUUCACUCUGGACAGCCCUGACGGUGAAGAGGGUUAUCCCGGUAACGUGGCGAUACAGAUCUACGACCAUAAGCUUCGUGUGGCUGCCUCCAGCAUUUUGGAGGUCGGACCGCACCAGAUCCCUACAGGAGUUUUUCAACCCGUCUUGCAAACGCCUUUCGACCUGCGCGCUGAAGAAGGGAUUAUCCUUGGCGAUCGCAUCCAACAAAUUGACGGGGGUGGGAAACCAGGCUUUGACCAUUGUUUUGUCGUGGACGGCUACGACAGGGCAGCAUCACGAGAGAAGUCAGAACAUAUGAGGGAUGCGGAGGACGAGGUGCAAGAAAAAGGUAGUCCGGAGAGUUGGAUUCGUGCCCGCGCCCGUUUUAUGGCAACUCUCGUCGAUCCUAAAAGUGGACGGGCCAUGGACGUCCGCGGUACCCAGCCAGGUCUUCAAGUAUACACCGCGAACUGGUUAGACGAAGAAGAUGGGCAACAACAUGCUGCU